CAAAACAAGCAACGUGUUUUGACUUUGAAGACUUGCUGGGACAUUAGGGUUUUAGAGACUAUGGCGUCAGGGUUUUAGGGACGCUGAUGAUGAAGCAUUCGUUUUAUGGUGCUCGAUAUCAUCCCUCUAUCUUUGAUAUUCUUGAUGCCCGUAAGUGUUUUUCUUCACCCAUAUUCUUUAAUUGUUUUUCUACAUUUGCUGCUUCCAACAACCGAAAUUGUAAAGAAGGUACUAAAAUCAAAACCCUAGAAGAUGCAGUUUAUACGUUUAAUCAUAUGUUCUAUCGUAAUCCUGUUCCCCCUAUCCAAGAAUUUACUAAGGUCUUAGCUUUUAUUGUCAACAAGAAGCAUUAUGCUGCUGCAAUUUCUCUGAUUAAUAAAUAUGACUUCUUAGGAGUCGACCCUUUUCUAAAGCCCACCAUUUAUGUCUUCAACAUCGCAAUCAAUUGUUUCUGUCACUUGAAAAGAGUGGAUUUAGGAUUCGUUGUGCUGGGGAAAGCUACGAAACUUGGCUAUGUUCCUGAUUGUGCGACAUUUAAUACACUCAUCAGGGGACUCUGUGCUAACGAUAACCUUCAUCAAGCAAUCAAUUUAUUCAAACAAAUUGUGGAAAAUGGGUUUGAACUAAGUGUAGUAACUUAUGGAACAUUGAUAAACGGUCUUUGCAAAUCAGGAAAUACUAAUGCUGCUAUCCAAUUGCUCAGACAGAUGGAAACAUCUACAUGUAAACCCAUGAUUAUCCAGUAUAGCACCAUCAUAGACAGCCUCUGCAAGAAUAAACAAUUCGAAGAAGCUUUGAAGCUUUUUUCUGAAAUGAACACAAAGGGCAUUUCACCAAACGUGGUAACUUACACUUCCUUAAUCCACGGUUUGUGUAAUUUACACUCUUGGAAAGAAGCGAUGAGAUUGUUAAGUGAAAUGCUUGCUAGAAACAUCUCACCUAACGUACACACAUUUACCACUUUACUAAAUGCUAUGUGUAAAGAAGGGAGAGUAACUGAAGCCCAAAUUUUACUGACAUUGAUGAUCCAAAGAGGUGAAACCCCCAACACUGUCACAUUCAAUGCACUGAUGGAUGGUUACUGUUUACUUGGGAAAGUAGACACUGCUAGAAAGCUGUUUGACUCCAUGGUUGACCAAGAUUGCACGCCUUCGGUUAUCAGUUACAAUAUCUUAAUCAAUGGGUACUCUGAAACCGAAAGAAUUGAUGAAGCCUUGAAUGUUUUUCAAGAAAUGUCCAAGAAAGGUACUGAUCCUACUCUUAUAACAUACAAUAUACUCAUUGGUGGUUUAUGUAACGUGGGCAGACUUGAUAAGGCACUUAUGCUUCCUGUUGAAAUGAAAGCUCAUGGUUUAAAUCCAGAUAUUGUGAGUUACAAUACUAUAUUAGAUGCACUUUGUAAGAACAGAAGACUUGAUGAGGCACUAAAGUUGUUUAAAAAUCUUGAUGGUGAUGGUGUUGUUCCUGAUAUUGUUACAUGCAAUUGCCUGAUUGAUGGCAUGUGUAAAUCUGGGGAAACCGAUCAUGCAUAUGAGUUCUUUUUAGGUCUUUCUGCUAGAGGCUUGAAACCUAAUGUUCGUACGUAUAACAUUAUGAUUGAUGGAUUUUUGAAAAUGGGUGAACUUGAUAAAGCAAAUAUGUUGUUUCUUGAAAUGAAAGAAAAUGGUUGUCCUGCAGAUGAGAUUACAUAUAAGAUUAUGGAGCAGGGAUUUCUGAGAGUGAAUGAAACGAGUAAAGCUGUUGACUUUAUGAAUGGAUCUAUUGAGACAAGUUUAUCUGUGGAUGCAAUGAAGUUGCUAAUUAGAUUGUUGUCAACCAAGGAGUUAAAGGAUUCUUCCAGCUAACCUUGUAUAUGUUGGGAUUAAUUUGCAAAAAGAAGGAAAGUUGAAGGGGCGAAAGUGAAAUUUUGGAAAUAGAAUUGGGGUUUUAAAAUACUUUCCAUGUACAUAAGGGAAUAAUUAUAUUUGACCAAACAAGUAAUGAGUUAACGUGAAAGUAAAUGUAAGUUAUGCCUCAAAACAUGAGAAAGUCUUACUACGGUGAGCAUUUGGAUUGGACCGGACCAGACCAGUUUUACAGAAAUUGGUGGACCUCAGACGGGACGAGUUGAUGCUUAUCGGGUCCGGUUCUUGGUUCUUGGACGUAAAAGUAAGCAUUUGGACCGUACCGGAUCGAUUCUUGGACCAAACCUAUUUUGCAGAACUUGGUGGACCUUGGACCGAAUCAAUAGAGGCUUACCAGGUUCGGUUCCCUGGUUCCCAGUCUGAUCUGGAGGUCCAAAUCCUCACCCCUAAGUUUUAGAGGGUGUUUGGGAUUUUAUUUUGAACCACAAAAGGAUUUUUAGUAUUUGUCUUUAGGGUUAUUUGAUAAAGCCUGCUAGAUGCUGAUUCGGUUAGAACGGACUAAGUUAGAAGCUAACUGGGUUAAAGGUUGCGACCAAAUCAGAAGCGAAAAUGGAUGCCAAACAUGCUGACGAAGGACCUCUGACACGGAAGAGUAAAACUCAAGCAGGAGCUUUUUUUAUCAGACCGGAUCAGGAGAAAAAUGAUGGGCUCGGUCAAAAAUUAGGACCGAGUCAGAAGGUCUCGAAGCAAAUCAAACAUGAUGUCGGAAAAUGUGGACCUAGUCUCCUAGCUUUGGACUCGAUUAGAGCUUUCAUCAAACAACGCCUUAGCUUAUACACCAUCCGUCUCAUAUUUAUAGUCCACUUUUGACUUUAAAUAUUUUUGUUUUUUGAUAUAUAAUACUUGAUGUAAAAUAUAUGAAAGGAUUGUAUUUUAAAUGUCUUCUCAUUGUUAUAAGUUUUAUCAAAUAAUUUUGUUAA